AGCCCUUAGUCCUCCUUGGAAUAAAGGAGAAGGAGCUUUCAAACGUCGUUUCUUCUCUUCCCGUCAAUUGGAUAGAAGCUCUGGUUUCCCGUCAAUUGGAUAUACUGCGCUGGUUUUCUUCAGCACGUCACCCAAGGCCCGAGCAUCACCGUCGCAAGAAGUUUUUGACGGCCAUCGCUUUGGAUCGAGCGCAGCCCAAUCACUUCGGAAUUUUGACGCCCGUAAAGGUUUGCUUGAACAUAUUCUGCCAAACUUGGUAUGUACCAUUCAUUCACCAUAUCCAAUUUGGGAUUUUAAAAUUUAUGCCCUUUCUUCGGAUUGCCGAAAAUUGAUUUUACCAGAUAUUGGUGUGAGAUUGACCUUGUUGGUUCUAGUUUUCAGAACUUAUAUUACAUUUUCUCUUCUUCUUGGUAAAAGAGCUCAUUAGUCUUGGUAAUCAGGAGGGUUAUUGAAUUAAAUCUCUCAUGUCUGAUUUUUAGAGAGAGAGAGGGAGAUUGAGGGGUAAAGGACGAAUUUCAGAAACUUUACCCUACCAACAUGAUUCAAAAACUUAGAUGCAAAAGCCCUCAAGCUUAUUUUAUCCAAAAUUGACACCAUAUAGCACAUACCCUAGGAAAUGGUAAAACUGCUUGCUAAUAUCUCUCAAAACUAAUCUUUAAAAAAAUGAUAGCAGAUAGGAACUUGGAAGAACAGUAUCUCUCUGUAUGUUACAAGUAUAAUGAUGUACGAUAAAAAUUCUAAAAACCUGCAUUUCUGAAUUUGGCACGUUUAGUCUUUCUUUAUGGAGGAGUGUCCAUCUGACUUGACUGGGAGCAACCUCUGAAAAGCAUUUGAGAAUGAUUUAGUAUGUACAAAAGAUCUUAGUGUACUCACCAAGAUUGGCAGGGAUAUUGUGUUUGGCUUGACAUUGCUAAUGGUGGCAUCCAACAAAUCUCUACACAUCAUUAUAUAUACCUGUAUACUCCGUAAUAUGCAAAUAGUUGAUCUUAGUUAAUGGUAGCAUGUAACUUGAUCUCUACACUUAGAAGAACUGACUUUACAUCCUAUAAGGACCCCUUGAUAUCUGUAAAAGGGUAAGCUGAAUUUAAGUAUCAAGAGAGCAUACAACCAUUAGAAAGUCCAAACAGAAUAGUCACCUGGGCCAACAAACUUGUGUAAAACACCAGUAAGUUUAAUGGUCGCAUUCCAAGUCACAGCAACACUGGAUUAUAAGCCAAUAUCCUUGCAAAUUCAAUUAAAUCAUGUAGAAAAAAUCACAUAACAUUAAUUCCUCUUCUUCUUUGAGAUAAAAACUUGAGCAGAAUACUCUCCCUUAUAAAAAGAAAAGGAAAACAUUACCUUGAAUUUUAAAUGUAAAAUGCCAAAAUCCUCAAUUGAUGUAACCAUCCACAGCAAGCCUUGAGUAAAAACUUUAGGAUUCUUAUGAUUUUCAUGCAGUAUAUUAAAUGAAGUAUCAGGAACACCGAAGAUAAAUCCUGUUGUUUUCAUGUAUAAUUCAAACUGUGGGAGCUGAGGAUGUUAAAUUUCUAUGACACAUUUUCAUUAUGUCACUAACACACACAAACAAAUAGGUAUGCAUACGUACUUGAUUUUUAUUUGAACAAUAUAUUUGUCAUUAUUGCAUAUACACACAAGUAUGUGUGUAUGUAAUAGUCAUUUUCUCAUAGGUCAACCCAUUUGUAUUUGGUUUUGCCCAGGCUACCCCAAAUGUGUGGAUCCUAAGCUAAACAAUGAAUAUCCACCAAAGGCCAUUGUCGAGAUGGCAGCUGUUGCUGCACUCUGUGUUCAAUAUGAGACUGAUUUUAGUCCGAAUAUGAAAAUCGUAGUCAAAGCCUUGCUACCACUUCUCAACUCAAAGCCUGCCGCUGGCUCAGAAUCCCACGCAUUGAGGACUAAUCAAGCUCAGAAACUUCAAAAUCUUAACAUCACAAAUCUGUUCAUUCUAACUUUAAACUCUUGAUCAAGGAUUAUUUAGAGUCUGAGAGGUUCAAGAUUUGAUUCCAUCUGCAAGGAAGUUGAUUUACAUGUGAAUGCCCAAAUUGUAUUUCAUUUCUCAGAGAUUUUGAUUAUUGUUAUCAUUUAUGUUGACAAUUGACAUUACGUCUCCUCAAAUGAGCAGUUAGGGAGGAGGCUGCAUUAUUAAAUGUCAACUAACCGGUAUCUUCUAUUCUUGGUAAUUUGAACAUACUCUGUAUCAUUCAUUUUUUAAUCUACAUGUAUAGUUGGAUAUUCAACGAUAUCAAAAGAACAACCAAAUGAGCUCAACCAUUCGCCAUUGUAAUCCAUAAUUCUAUACAAUGCCAGUUUUUAAUUGCAUGUAUGGGCAUGUAGCCAAAGA